GUAGUCGAAUUUAUUCUGGAUUACAAUUAUUACAAAAAGCUCGUGGGAGGAAAAUGUCCUUAACAGGUUCAAACUCAUGCUCUGAUGUAGGUGCUCCGACAUAUUUGAGCAUUAUCACUGCUACUGUGGAUUCCAUCCUUGGUGUUACAGCCAUCGUUGGUAACUUAUUGGUUCUACUUGCUGUUAUUCUGGAUCCAAAUCGCAAUCUGCGAUGUCGGUUUAACUAUUUCGUGGCUAAUUUAGCUGCUGCUGAUUUGGUGAUGGGAGGUUUGGGGCUCCCCAUGUCGGUAGAAUUCCAUAUUCGAGAGUCGCUGACCAGCGAAGAUUUUAAACCUUAUCUCCCUCGAGAUCAUGUCAGGAUGAAUAUCAUAUUAAUCUCGUGUACAGCAUCUAUAUUGAGCUUUACUGCCCUGACUAUAGAUAGAUUUAUUGCCAUCAGAGAUCCGCUGGGGUACAGGACAAAGAUGACUACAAAACAGGCCUUCAUUGUGUCAAUUCUCAUAUGGUUUAUUUCCAGCGGACUUACCGUUCUGUACGUUUACGAGGGCUACAUGAACUGUCGGUUUUUAAUCGCUAAUCUAGCUGUUGCAGCUACUCUUGCCGUGCUGUGUCUCAAUUAUUUCAAAGUCUUAAGAGAUUUUAAGGAUCAAGCUGAUAAUUGGAAUGCCUUGCACGAUGGCCGAGGCCAAGACAAUUGCGCGAAACGGAGAGCGCUCAAAUGGCAGACGAAAAUUACCAAAACUUUUCUGUUCAUGUUAUCACUUUUUAUUUGCUGCUUUUUUCCGGCACUAGUAUGUAUCUAUGUAAUCAGCUUCUGUGCAAGGUGUUCUUGUUUAUUUAUUCACUGGCUCAGGGAUUUAAACGGUAUUUUGAUCAGGGCAAACUCGAGCAUGAACCCUUUCGUCUUUGCCUGGAGACUGAAACGUUACCGCGCCGCUUUCGCUAAAAUUCUACGAUGCGGAAAAACUCUGCCAAAAUAUGGAACAACUUCAUUCAACUUGAGUACUUCUAUGACUAACUUAGGAUUUACAACAUCUGGGACGUACAAAUAUAACGGCAAUGAAUCGAAUUAAAAUUUAUUUCAGAGCUGCAAAGCUUGCUACGAGAUAGAGAUAACUUUGGAUAAUAGGAUAACUGCGAUGGUCGAAAUUUUCAAACUGACCAUCGCCUUGAAAGUGACUCAUACAUGAAUACAUACUGGUUUAUUGGGUAAAUAUGAACUUAAUUGUUUGUGAGGAACACUCGGGUUCUAAUUUUUAGGUAUUACA